AUGUCCCCAAAUCUCCCCUUGAGAACUCGCGGGUUCUCAUCUAAGGGGCCUAAGACCUUGGUGACGAGCGUGCAAACAAACGAAGCAUACGCACCCUUUGCCCAUUAUUCUCAAGCAAUUAAAGCCGCCGGUCAAGUCUGGCUGUCCGGCCAGAUACCAGCUGAUGCCGAAGGCAACUUGGUUAAAGGAUCUAUGGCAGAACAGACGGAAACUAUCAUAAAGAAUACCGAAGCUAUUCUGAAAGCAUCUGGGACCGGGUUAGAACGAGUUGUCAAAGUAGUGGUAUACGUCAAAGAUGCGGAUGUUAUGCCUGAGUUUGCAUCGGUGUAUGAUGCCGCAUUCCCGCAUCGACCUGCUCGUUCUAUGGUGGAGGUGUCGAAGUUGCCUGCGGGGGUGGAUAUCCAAGUGGACUUCAUUGCUGUUGUAUAA